GGGGUAACGAGACUAGGCGCUGGCAGACUUGACUGAUUUCACUGAUGGCAGACGUAGUAGUGCCGACCUCUUCGUCUUGCCUUCAAACUUCGCACAUUUUCAUUAUGGAACGCAAGGCCGCAUACGUAACUCUCCUCACUAAAUCAUCUUAUUUGCCAGGUGUGCUCGUCCUCGAGUUUACCCUCCGGGCAGUCGGUUCUCGUUACCCACUGGUAGUGAUGGUCACUCCCCAAUUACCAGCUGAAGCUCGGGCUGUCCUCGCCAGGAAAAACAUAACAACGACGGAAGUAGCAUCAUUGGGACCCCCCGAAGGGGUACAUACACUCUCACUCAGUGAUGUUAGGUUCUCUGAUACUUGGACCAAGCUCAGGUGUUUCGGCUUGACUGAAUAUCACCGGGUAAUCCUUCUCGAUGCCGAUAUGCUUGUCUUGCGUAGAAUGGAUGAACUCAUGGACCUUGAGCUUGAGAAGGAUUGGAUAGCUGCAACUCAUGUAUGCGCAUGUAAUCCUCGCCGAUAUCCUCAUUACCCCGCGGAUUGGAUACCUGCCAAUUGUGCUUAUACACAUCUUGAACACCCAAUCGGCCUCACUUCGCCCUCGGCAAUAACAGACUCUAGUCCUCGACCUUAUAGUCAGCUUAAUUCCGGCUUAGUAGUGCUCAACCCAUCACUGCAUCUUUUUGAAUCUAUUCAACGACAUCUAUGCACAUCACCACUUGUAGCUACUUGGUCAUUUCCUGAUCAAGAUCUUCUGUCAGAUCUUUUUAGAGGGAAGUGGAAGCCCCUUCCAUGGUGUUACAACGCGCUCAAGACCUUGAUGCUUAUCCAUACGCCUUUGUGGCGUGACGAUGAAAUACGAUGUCUUCAUUACAUAUUACCCGACAAACCGUGGCAGAAAAGGGUGGGGGUCACGGAUUCAGGCGAGUACGAUAAAACUCAUCAAUGGUGGUGGGAUAAUUUCGAGCUGGUUGAAAAAGAAGUGCGAGCUAUGGAUGAAAAAGGAUUGGAAAUAAUACUAUCAAAUGUUGCAAGUCUUUAAUACUAGUAUUCAAUAACGGUCCUCUAGUCUCCCUUGCUUACCUAAUUCAAUAUAUGCGAUAUGAUUUUUAUCUUC